CUCAUCUUCUCCGUAGCAACGCCGAGGGAGAAAGAUAAAAAGGAUCCAACUUUUCACUUUUAAAUUAUUUUAUUUUCUUAUACCAAAUUUUCAUUUUUCCUACCUUCCGCUGAUCGUUUAUACUUUAUAGAGAGGGUGAAAUGAUUUUUUUGGGAGGGUCUGUUUGAGAGAGACAUAGGAGAAGAAAAAAAGGGAAGAAAAACUACAACAGAAAGGAGAAAGAAGGGAGCUCUGUUUCAAUGGUUGAAUUAGAAGAAUCUAUUGUAGUCAUUUGAUAAUUAAGACGGAAAAAGAGAAAAAGGAAAAAAGAGGAGAGAGAGAGGAGGAAGCAGAUUGGUUGAUGGGGUUUUCUUGGAUUUGCGGAAUGAAACCAGAGAUGCGAUCUCUGGUGAUUAGGUCUUGAUUUUGUUGGAGUGGACUUCAUCUACCUUGGUUCAGCUUUGCUUGUUGUUGUUGUUCUCCUUCUUCGAUUCAAUUGUUUCAUCAUUUGGUUCUGUUUCCCCUAACAAGGAGGAAGAUUCGAUAGAGAAGAUAUAGAUUGGGGGAAUAUAGAGAUAGAGAGAGAUAGCAAAAUGAACGGUGGCGAUGAGGUCGCAGCAGCAACUCCGGCGGGCCCACCACCGGCUCUGGAGUGGAAAUUCUCUCAGGUCUUCGGCGAGCGCACUGCCGGCGAGGAAUUACAAGAAGGCUUGUAAGAUUGACAAUACAUAAUUAAGGCAUCCCUAGUUAGUGGAGGAAUUGAUAAGCACAUUGUUGAGCCAAAAGGUUUUAUUAGUUGUUGACAUUAUUUCAGCCAUUGAAUUUGAUAAAACUGGAGAUCAUCUUGCAACUGGGGACCGCGGAGGACGGGUGGUCCUUUUUGAGAGGACAGAUACGAAGGAUCAUGGUGGAUCAAGGAGAGAUUUGGAAAGGAUGGAUUAUCCAAUUACCAGGCAUCCUGAGUUCCGUUACAAAACAGAAUUUCAGAGCCAUGAACCUGAGUUCGACUAUCUCAAGAGUUUGGAAAUAGAGGAGAAAAUCAACAAAAUUAGAUGGUGCCAAACAGCCAACGGUGCCCUUUUUCUUCUAUCUACAAAUGAUAAAACAAUCAAGUUUUGGAAGGUCCAAGAAAAGAAGGUUAAGAAAAUCUCUGAGAUGAAUGUGGAUCCUUCAAAAGCUGUAGGAAAUGGUAGUGUUGCUAGUUCAAGUAAUUCAAGUGCACCUAAGCCAUAUCUUGCAAAUGGAGGUUGCACUGACAGGUUGCACAACUCUUCUGGCAAUGAUUUUUCCAUCCCAGCUGGAGGCUUCCCAUCGCUGCGUUUGCCGGUGGUUACGAGCGCUGAGACGAGUCUGGUGGCAAGAUGUCGUAGGGUUUAUGCUCACGCUCAUGAUUAUCACAUUAAUUCCAUUUCAAACAAUAGUGAUGGUGAGACUUUUAUAUCAGCUGACGAUCUGCGAAUAAAUCUUUGGAACUUGGAAAUUAGCAACCAAAGUUUCAAUAUUGUUGAUGUCAAACCUGGAAAUAUGGAGGAUCUAACUGAGGUGAUAACUUCGGCAGAAUUCCACCCCAAUCAAUGUAAUAUGUUAGCAUAUAGCAGUUCGAAAGGCUCAAUCAGACUAAUUGAUUUGCGGCAAUCAGCUCUCUGUGACUCUCAUGCUAAAUUGUUUGAGGAACAGGAGGCGCCUGGCUCUAGGUCAUUUUUCACAGAGAUAAUCGCUUCUAUCUCUGAUAUUAAAUUUGCAAAAGAUGGACGAUAUUUGCUUAGCCGUGAUUACAUGACGCUAAAGUUGUGGGAUAUCAAUAUGGAUUCAGGCCCAGUUUCAACCUUCCAGGUCCAUGAAUAUUUAAGACCCAAGCUGUGUGAUUUGUAUGAAAAUGAUUCCAUCUUCGACAAAUUCGAGUGUUGUUUGAGUGGAGAUGGGUCUCGCGUAGCUACUGGUUCUUAUAGCAAUCUGUUCCGUGUUUUUGGUUGCUCCCCUGGAAGUACUGAGGCAACGACUUUGGAAGCCAGCAAAAAUCCAAUGAGGAGACAAGUUCAGACCCCUUCAAGGCCCUCAAGAUCCCUAACCACUUUAACACGUGUCGUAAGACGAGGAGCGGAAAGCCCGGGUGUCGAUGCAAAUGGGAAUUCGUUCGACUCUGCAACAAAAUUGCUGCACCUUGCAUGGCAUCCUACGGAGAACUCAAUCGCCUGUGCAGCAGCAAACAGCUUGUACAUGUACUAUGCGUAAAAGGAGACAUCCAACGGUUGCAGCAAGAAGUUGUACGAAUCUGCGAGUCUGUUGAUUUAUUCUGGGUUGCUGUUGGAGGAGAAUUCCUUUUUUCCAUUCCCACCGACCGGUUUUAGGGUGGAGGCUACUACAACAGAUCUUCUACACUCACAGUUUGGAUGAUGAUGAUGAUGAAGCCCCCUUCAAAAUCUGUAGGACAACAAUUCCGUAUGCUAAUUUUUUACUGUAUUGCGAGGUCCUGAGGCAGCUGUUUAUCAACUGGCGGUGUAUCCACGAUGAUGAGGCAACUUGUUUUUCGUACCCGGGUUGGGCAGCUUGCUAGUAGCUACAUUCUCUUUUGCACUCUUUCCCUUUGCUCUCUGCAAGUUUCCCCCGACAAAGAAUUCUUUCCCUUUUCACCUCCCUUUUUUGCCACUUCUUAUCUUCUAGAAGCUAGAAGAUGACGAAGAUAUUGUUAUUCUGAAGAGAAUGUGUUGGGUUGGUGUGAAGUAUCAGUAGCAAAGGAAAAAUGUGAUUGAUUGUAGUGGUAGCUCGUCCUACAAAUGGAAAAAAACAGUGGCGAGAGGAAGAACCAGUGGAAAGCCAGAAACUUUAAAAAGGAUUGUCCAGUAUUUGCCACUAGGUGUAAGUUAAAAGAAGUAUGUAGCUUUUUUUUCUGUUUCGUUUUCCUUUUUUGGGUUGGUGGGAAGGAAAUGAAGGUGGAGCUGUUGGAACUUGCAGUGCAUUUUUUAAUUGAUUCUUUUGUCAUGCUUUGAGACUUUUUUUUUUACUACAGUAGCUUCAAAUGAACAUGAAGUUGUAGAUGAUCUUUCUUUCUCCCCCAAAACUGGUUUACUGGUAUUCCAUAUUGGUUUUUGUUCAUUUCCCUUUUCUGGGUCCUCUAGGAUUACAAAGAAAGUUGUAAGACUUUUUUUUUUUUUUUUUCUCGACUGUGGUUAGUAAGAGGGAUAAUGGGUGUACCUUACUGUUUGACAAAUCUUAGUCGUUCUUUCCUGGUUUCUCUUGUUUAGUCUCUGUAUGUUGUUCAGGACCUGGCAACCGACUGAAGGAAAUCGAUUUCCAGAAACUUGCCCUGUCGGUUUUUUUCAGGGUGCUGGAAGAGGGUGUGCAGUCAAUAACUGUUUUUGGUGUUGCUUUCAGUGGAUGAAAUGAGACAUGAGAAAGCCUGCCAUGGUCAUUUUUUGGGGGCUCCUGGUGUGUGGGACAUGAGAAAGUCACGAGGAUUAUCUUGCUUUUGGUAUCUCUUGAGUUGAGCUCGGAUCUUUCUUGAACAACAAUUAGAUUAGAUGGUCUUGGCAGGCCUCGAAUCGCCAGCUAGACAGUCGAGCUGGAAAAAAGUCCUUGGUUCUUCUCGCCGUAGCUCCCCUGCUCCCUGUUGUUUUCUUCUUUGGUUAUCUGUAGUCUGAUGCUACUUUGUUAUCUUCUCUCUCUUGUUGGCUUCAUGAUUUUCAUUUUGGACCUUACGGCCUCUCUUCUAGAAUAGAAUGAAG